UCACUCCGAGCAGUGUGUUACGAAGAAAUGUCAAAGCCACUGGAUCUGGUGCGCUCUGACUCGUCGAUCCCCCACCGCGAACCUCCUAAACCUCGGCCAUGGCGGCAUCGCCGUAUCUCCUCCUCGUCCUGCUGCUCUUCCACCCAGCGGUUGCACCAGCCUACCGCGCGCCGCCGCCUUCGCAGACUCCGCCGCCGCGGCCGCCUCAGAAGGUGCAGGUCUGGCCCAAGCCGGUGUCCAUUUCGUGGACGGACGCGGUGUACGCGCCGCUCUCGCCGUCGUUCAGCAUCCGCGCCUCGCCGUCGCACCCGUCGCUCCGCCACGCCAUCGCCUACUACAGCCGCCUCAUCCGCACCGAGCGGCACGCGCCGAUUGUGCCCCCAGCCAACUACACCCUCGCCCGCGUCCCCAUCCGGCUGCUGGCGCUCUCCGUCUCCGACCCCGACGUCCCGCUCGGCCCCGGCGUCGACGAGUCCUACACGCUCUCCGUGCCUCCCAACUCCGGCUCCGCCGACAUCUCCUCCGCCACGUCAUGGGGCGCCAUCCGCGGCCUCGAGACCUUCUCCCAGAUGUCCUGGGCGGGCGGCGGCCCCGCCGCGGGCGGCCAGCCGAUCGUCCCCAGCGACAUUGAGAUCUCCGACCACCCCCUCUUCACCCACCGCGGCAUCCUCCUCGACACCGCACGGAACUACUACCCCGUCCGCGACAUCCUUCGCACCAUCCGCGCCAUGGCCUACAACAAGCUCAACGUGUUCCACUGGCACAUCACCGACGCCCAGUCGUUCCCCAUCGUCCUCCCCUCCGUCCCCAAUCUCGCCAACUUCGGCUCCUACUCCCCCGCCAUGCGCUACACGGACCAGGACGUCCGCCGCGUCGUCCGCUUCGCCGAGGCCUUCGGCAUUCGCGUCAUCCCCGAGAUCGACAUGCCUGGGCACGCGGGGUCGUGGGCGGGAGCGUACCCGGAGAUCGUGACCUGCGCGAACAAGUUCUGGGCGCCGACGGCGAAGCCGGCGCUGGCGGCGGAGCCCGGCACGGGGCAGCUGAACCCGCUGAACCCCAAGACGUACCGCGUGGCGCAGGACGUGCUGCGCGACCUGGCGGCCCUGUUCCCGGACCCCUACCUCCACGCGGGCGCCGACGAGGUGAACACGGCGUGCUGGGAGGACGACCCCACCGUGCGGCGCUUCCUGGCGGACGGCGGCACCCACGACCGGCUGCUGGAGCUCUUCGUGAACGCGACGCGGCCGUUCCUGGUGCACGAGCUUAACCGCACGGCGGUGUACUGGGAGGACGUCCUGCUGGGCCCCAAGGUGUCGGUGGGGCAGACGGUGCUGCCCCACGACACCACCGUGCUCCAGACGUGGAACAACGGGGCGGAGAACACCAAGCGCAUCGUGGCCGCCGGCUACCGCGCCAUCGUGUCGUCGGCGUCCUACUACUACCUGGACUGCGGGCACGGCGGGUGGUUGGGCAACGACAGCCGGUACGACGUUCAGGAGAAGGAGCGCGAGGGCACGCCGCUGUUCAACGACCCGGGCGGCACCGGCGGGUCCUGGUGCGCGCCCUUCAAGACGUGGCAGCGCAUCUACGACUACGACAUACUGCACGGGCUGACGGAGGACGAGGCCACGCGGGUGCUGGGUGGCGAGGUGGCGCUGUGGUCGGAGCAGUCGGACGCCGCCGUGCUCGACGGAAGGCUCUGGCCCAGGGCCGCCGCCGCCGCCGAGACGCUCUGGGCCGGGAACAAGGACUCCAGCGGGAGGAAGCGCUACGCCAACGCGACGGCCCGGCUCAACGAGUGGAGGUACCGCAUGGUGGCGCGCGGCAUCCGCGCCGAGCCCAUCCAGCCGCUCUGGUGCCCGCUGCACCCGCGCAUGUGCCACCUCUCGCAGUAGCGUAGCAGGCUAGCAGCCUGAACUCUCGGGUGAUUCUGUGGCGAGUUAGCUUGCUCGCUGCCUGCAAUGGAGUGAAUAUUGGCAGUACGAAGUCACACGGGCAGGCAGAGAUUUGGAACAUGGUGGAAACAAGAACCAUCGGCAUCGUUCUUCUGAUCAAUAUAGUGAUUACUGGAAGAAUCAAGAACAGAAUAAAACCAAGGCAUCCUGGAUCUACCAUGUCAAUCUUUGCUUUCAUCCUCGUCGUUUGGAGCGAGCCUGUUCUUGUUUGAGGCGCGCUCGACCGUGCCACGAAGUAACAGGUGCAUGAGGUCUGCAGUCUGCACUAGAACUUCCCAGCUCCCAAAUUCAACGAAACUGAAAAAAGUCAUUGGUAACAUCAAAGUCUUGUCUUAGGAUAGCUGCUGUUCUUGACGCUGGUUAGAUUUGUCCAAUAAAUUACAUGACCAGCGCACAUGUACUUGGUAUUCGACUUGAUGAUUUGUAUGUACUGACGGACUUGAAUAAAGUAGGGGGAAUUAGGACUCAGAA